UUCUUGUCAGUGCACAUUGACUACAACUGUGCCAUCUCUUCAGAGUUUGAAAAUGAACUGAGGAACUUACAGAUUUUGAGCGGGAACUUGCCUAUCCUGAUUUACGAGAUGAGCGCUCAUGAUUGUUCUCCCAAUGAUUACCAGCUUCUUGGAGAUUUCCUAAAUGUCUUGAUGGACAAUGGCCUGAAUAUUAUGGGAUGUGACAUGAAGGACAUGUUAGGCAAACUGGACACGGAAGAUGCUCUUGUCAAUCAUGGCAUUUCACACCACACCAGGAUGACAGGGUUAAGAAACAGUUAUCAGACUGUGUGGGAUAAAUUUAAGUCCCAGACCACAGCAGAACGAGAUCUUUUCCUUCAGGAAUCAUUCCCCUCUGGCUUCCAGUGGGCCACCUCCAGCGUAUCCUUUAAGACUGAAGGUGGCUGGUCAGAAGGUGGGAAAGGAGAGACUAUUUGGGACCGGUUUGGUCAUGAGGGCUUGGCCUUUGCAAAUCAGACAGCUGACCUAGCUUGCGACAGUUACCGUAAGGUAGAUUAUGAUGUCUACCUUCUGCGAGGUCUUCAGGUCGACACCUACCAGUUUUCCAUCUCUUGGGCCCGUAUUUUCCCCACAGGGUACCGACAGAGCCAAUCAGAAAAAGGAGCUCAAUACUAUGACCAGCUGAUAAAUGCUCUCGUUGCAUCUGGCAUACAACCCAUUGUCACUCUGUACCACUGGGAUCUGCCUCAAGCACUCCAGAAUUAUGGUGGAUGGACCAAUGCCUCCAUUGUAGAGGCCUUCAAAGACUAUGCAGAUUUCUGCUUCUCCAGGUUUGGAGACAGAGUCAAGAUCUGGAACACAUUCAAUAGUCCCUGGGUAGUGAGCCAUGCCGGGUAUGGUACUGGUGUGCAUGCCCCAGGAGUAAAGGACUAUGUGGAAUCUUCCUAUCAGGUCACUCACAAUAUUCUCAAGUCCCAUGCCGAGGCCUGGCAUGUCUAUAAUGACAAUUACAGAAAAACACAAGGAGGAAAAGUGGGCAUUGCCUUGAACUCUGACUGGGCUGAGCCCAGUGACCCUGCCAAACCUGAAGACGUAGCAGCUGCAGACCGUUACCUGCAGUUUAUGCUGGGCUGGUUUGCACAUCCCAUAUUUGUAGACGGAGAUUAUCCUGCAAUACUCAAAGAUCAGGUGGAACAGAAGAAAACCGCAUGCUCUGACUCUGUACCAGCAAAGCUCCCAGUUUUCACUCCCACAGAGAGCAAGAGGAUACUUGGUACUGCUGACUUUUUUGGUUUAAAUCACUAUACUUCUCGGCUGGUCAGCAACAGUGAUGGUGGGUGCACCCCUGGUCCUGACGGUGUGGGUGACUUCCAUGCAACUGUGGACCCCACAUGGAGUUCCACAGCUUCUGACUGGAUCUAUCCUGUUCCUUGGGGACUUAGAAGGCUCCUGAACUACAUUGCAACAGAAUACCUGAGUGCUAACAAAUUGCCUGUAUACAUAACAGGAAAUGGGAUGCCAACAGAUUACAGUGUUGACAGUCUCACUGACACCAGCAGAAUGGACUACAUGAGAAGUUACAUCAAUGAGGCCCUGAAAGCAACACUCACAGAUGGAGUGGAUGUGCAGCGAUUCACGGUGCAGUCACUCAUGGAUGGAUUUGAGGCAAACCAAGGCUACAGUCAAAGAUUUGGUCUUCACUAUGUCAACUUUGAAGUGGGAUCCAGACCAAGGACCCCAAAGCAAUCUGCAUAUUUGUACGCUGAGAUUAUCGAGCAAAACGGUUUCAGUUCACAAAAAAGUAAGAAGUUUAAAGCUGCAGAAAGGCCAUUAACUCGACGUUUAGCUGCUUUACCACCCUCAGAAGUUCCAUCUCAGGCAAAGGUAGUUUGGGAGAAAUUCUCUUCACAGUCAAACUUUGAUAGACAAAUGUACCAUUAUGGCACUUUUCCUGAGGGCUUCAGUUGGGGAAUUUCUUCGUCGGCCUACCAAAUUGAAGGUGGCUGGAAUGCUGAUGGCAAAGGUCCUAGUAUAUGGGAUAGAUUCACUCAGACAACUAACACUAUUCCUGAUAAUGCAAACGGCAAUGUAGCCUGUGACAGUUACAACAGACUUAAUGAAGAUCUCUACAUGCUGCGGGCUCUGAGGGUGAAGUCAUACAGAUUCUCUUUGUCCUGGUCCAGGAUCUUUCCUGAUGGCACACGUAAGUCCCUCAACCAGAAAGGUGUUGACUACUACAACAGACUCAUUGAUGGUCUUAUAGCGUACAAUAUCGAACCCAUGGUAACACUGUACCACUGGGACCUUCCUGAAGCUUUGCAAAAGGUCAAUGGCUGGGAAAGUGCAGAGAUGAUAGACAUUUUUAAUGACUAUUGCGACUUCUGCUUUGCUACUUUUGGUGACAGAGUGAAAUUCUGGAUAACCAUUAACCAGCCUCAGACAAUUGCAUGGUCUGGAUAUGGACUUGGAAAUAUGCCACCAAAUGUUGUGGACCCAGGAUAUAGACCAUACAUAGUUGCACACAACCUCAUUAAAGCCCAUGCCAAGGCCUACCAUACAUAUGACGACAAAUAUCGUCAGUUGCAGGGUGGUCUAAUCUCCAUAGCCCUCAAUGCUGAUUGGUUUGAACCUGCUGAUGUCAACGUAGUCCGUGAAGUGGUGACUGCUGACCGGGCGAUGCAGUUCCAACUGGGAUGGUUUGCACAUCCUAUUUUUAAGAAUGGUGACUAUCCUGAUGCACUGAAGUGGCAAGUUGGGAACAAAAGUGAAAUCCAAAGUCUUCCACAGUCAAGACUUCCUUCCUUUACUGAAGAAGAAAAGAACUUCAUCAAGGGAACUGCUGACGUAUUCUGUGUAAAUCAUUACACUACAAGGGUAGUGAGCUACUUUACAGCUGCACUUCAGCCUCACUCCUAUGAAUCAGACCGGGACAUGAGAGAAGCAGAGGAACCUGAUUCACCAACUACAGCCAUUCCUAACCAAAAAGCUGUGGCCUGGGGCUUGAGGAGACUCCUCAACUGGAUCAAGGAGGAGUAUGGUGAUCCAGAGAUUUAUAUUACUGAGAAUGGAGCAGCAGUAGAAUGGGAUGACUUUGAAAGAGUAAUGUUUUACAAGGCCUAUAUCGAUGAGGCUCUCAAAGCCAAUAACCUUGAUGGUGUGCGGUUGCGAGGAUACACAGCAACAGCUUUUAUGGAUUCUUUUGAGUGGCUGUACGGGUACAAAUUUCUAUUUGGGCUGCACCACGUGGACUUCACAAACCCAGACCGUCCAAGAACACCAAAGUACUCAGCUCAUUACUAUUACAACAUCAUAAAGGAUAAUGGUUUCCCCUUGCCAGAUGAUGAGAAGAUGCUUCAUGGCCACUUCCGAGAGGAUUUUAUGUGGAGUUCUGCUUCAGCAUCAUACCAAAUUGAAGGAGGAUGGAGGGCAGAUGGAAAAGGUCUAAGCAUCUGGGACAAGUUCGCUCACAGUCCUUCCAAAAUAUUAAAUGAUGACAAUGGGGACAUAGCCUGUGACAGUUACAAUAAAAUAGAAGAGGAUGUUGCGAUAUUAAAGCAGCUGAAAGUCAGCCAUUAUCGUUUCUCCUUAUCCUGGCCGAGAGUCCUUCCUGAUGGCACCAUUAAUAACAUUAACGAGGCUGGAAUCAACUACUACCAAAGACUUUUGGACGCACUGCAUGCUGCAAAUAUCCAGCCACAGGUUACUCUAUACCACUGGGAUCUACCACAAGCUAUAGAGGAUUAUGGAGGCUUUUUGAAUGACAGCUUUGUUAAGCUUUUCAGGGACUAUGCUGACCUCAUGUUUGACCGUCUUGGUGACAAAGUGAAAAUUUGGAUCACCUUUAAUGAACCAAUCAUGACAGCCAACCAUGGAUAUGGCUUUGGAGACUUUGCCCCAGGAAUCAGUUCAGGACCAGACACUCUGCCCUACAUUGUUGGUCACAACCUGAUUAAAGCUCAUGCCGAGGCCUGGCAUCUCUACAAUGACAAGUACAGGGCCAAACAGAACGGCAUAAUCUCCAUCACAAUCAGCUCUGACUGGUCUGAACCCAGAAAUCCUUAUAGACAGGAGGACUAUGAUGCUGCACGACGUGUAGUGGAGUUCACUCUUGGCUGGUUUUCCCAUCCCAUAUUUAAUGGUGACUACAGUGAAAUUAUGAAGACAAGAAUAAGAGACCGAAGUCUAGCUGCUGGUCUACCACAGUCUCGGUUGCCUGAGUUUACUCAAGAGGAGAUUAAGAGAAUUAAGGGCACUCAUGACUUCUUUGGAUUGAACCAGUACACAUCUGCCCUGGCAUUCCCUGUGGACCAUGGAAAUAUUGCAAGCCUUGAGGCAGACAUGGGUGCCAUGGGAGUUUCUGAUCGUACCUGGCUGGAUACAGGCUCCUCCUGGCUGAAGAUCGCACCAUUUGGUAUCCGCAGAUUGCUGAACUUCAUCAAAAAUGAAUAUGGAAAUCCACCAAUUAUCGUCACUGAGAAUGGAGUCUCAGAGCAGGGACCUAUUGAUCUAAAUGAUGUUCACAGGAUCUACUACUAUGAACAGUACAUUAACCAGGUGUUGAAAGCUUACUUGCUUGAUGGUGUGGAUGUGCGUGGUUACACAGCGUGGUCACUGUUGGACAACCUAGAGUGGGCUUCUGGCUUUUCACAGAGAUUUGGUCUGUUCUACGUUAAUCGCUCAGACCCUAAUCUUCCUCGAGUGCCUAAGAGCUCUGUAAAUUUCUAUGCCACAGUCAUAAAGUGCAACGGAUUCCCUGAAUCAGGAGUGCCUGAACCCAGAGUCUGGAGAGUGAGCUCCUGUAGAGAGGAGACCACCUGCAAAGAUAUAACAGCCUCCCCACCAGUUAGAGAGCCCCCUAGUUGGGCCGAUGCACCGGAGGUCCCCUGCACUGGGGCUGAGCCCCCCUGCACCCACCCGCCCACAGCCCCGGCGACACAACAACCAGGACCCAAGCCCCAAGGCCCAGCCAGCACCCCAGACCGGGGGCGGCGCACCCCCAGACCCCCAAGCCUCCACCCACAAGGAAAACACCAUCUAAGAGCCACCAGAGCCCCUAACCAGGUCAUGGCCACAUCCCCCGGGUUAGGCCCUCCAGAGAAAACGUCCCUAGGGACUCUCCAGACGCCCUAA